UCCGGACGCUACUUCACCUACAAGGACCAGAACAUCUUCUACAGAGAUUCGACCGGUGCUGUCGGCAGCUCCGACAUUGUCAUCCUCCUGCACGGCUUCCCGACCUCCAGCUACGACUGGUACAAGAUCUGGGAAGGGCUGACCCAGCGGUUUCACCGGGUCAUUGCUCUGGAUUUCGUAGGAUUCGGUUUCAGCGACAAGCCUAGACCCCACCGCUACUCCAUCUUCGAGCAAGCCAGCAUCGUCGAGGGGCUGGUGCGUCACCUCGGCCUCCGCCACCAGAAGAUUAAUCUCCUGUCCCACGAUUACGGGGAUACGGUCGCACAGGAGCUGCUCCACAGGUAUGAACACAAUAAAACUGGAAGCAUCUUGAUCAACAGCCUCUGUUUAUCCAACGGAGGGAUUUUCCCCGAAACGCAUCACCCCCGCUUCAUCCAGAAGAUCCUCAAGGAUGGGGGUUUGCUGUCCCCCAUCCUCACCCGGCUGAUGAACUUCUUCUUCUUCUCCAGAGGGCUUGGGGCAGUUUUUGGGCCCUACACGCAGCCUUCUCCGGCAGAAUACUGGGACAUGUGGACAGCAGUGAGGACCAACGAUGGAAAUCUCGUUGUUGACAGUAUUUUGCAGUAUAUAAACCAGAGAAAGAAGCACAGAGACCGCUGGGUUGGGGCUUUGAUGUCCACCUCUGUCCCCCUGCAUCUCAUCUAUGGGCCCCUGGACCCUGUGAAUCCGCACCCAGAGUUUCUUCAGCUUUACAAGAAGGUGCUUCCCAUGUCCACGGUGUCCGUGCUGGAUGACCACAUCAGCCACUAUCCCCAGCUGGAGGAUCCGAUGGGCUUCUUGAACGCGUAUCUGAACUUCAUCAACUCCUUCUGA